AUGUAAAAUUAAUUUUAUCAGUUGAGGUCAUGUAGAAAAAAUGGCGGAAAGAAGUUAUUUCUCAUCCUUUUUAAAGUGUUUCAUAUAUUUCUUUUAUUGACGGCAUCAAUUGUCUUGAAAAUUAAAAUGUUAAUUGGCUCUAACUUUUUGAGACGGUUGUGCUAAUACAAAAAUUCUAGGAGUGGAUUUUUAAUAUCGUUUAAAUUAAUCAUGUAUGCCAUUGUUUUUAUAUUGACAUUGUUUGUGCCAGCAUCAGUAGGCCAGGUGGGGAUUGACCACUGUCUAGUUGAUAAUGUUGCGGGAUGUGGCCUUGGCCGACCCCCCAUUUACAUGAUUAUGGCGCCCAGGAGGAUCAGAGCAGAUCAGGUGUUCCAGGUGUUUGCUACCAUCUUGCGCAUGGAAUAUGGAGAAAAUGCAAUCAACGUUCGCAUAUCUGUUCUCCAAGGGGAUAGAGAAUAUGCAAGUAGUGUGUUAAAGUUUGAGCGCCCUUCCAGUCGACUCAUGCAACUAAAGAUGCCAACAAAUGCAGAGUUUGGCAAGUACAGGUUAAGGGUUGAAGGUCAACUGGAUGAGAGAGUGAGUGGAAAUGUGUUUUUCAAUGAGACGGACAUUGAGUUUACACCCAAACACGCCUCAGUUUUUAUACAGAUGAGCAAGCCUAUUUACAAGCAAGAACAAAUGGUUCAUUUCAGAGUGAUACCAGUCCGUCCUGACUUAAUGCCCAAGUAUGGAAAUCUCAUUAUUUAUGUGGAGGACCCAACAGGUGUGGCUGUGAAAAGAUGGCAGAGUUUACAAACCAACGCAGGAGGAAUUGUCAGUGAAAGUUUCCAGCUGUCUGACCAGCCCAACUACGGGACAUGGAAUAUUCGUGUGGAUGGUUUUGGAUUUACUUACAGAAGGCCAUUUAUUGUUGAAGAAUUUUGGGAGCCUCGAUUUGAUGUUAAUGUUUCUGUGCCAGCAUAUGUAAUGGAUAAUGCUACAACAGUGAUUCAUGGUGUUGUUCUAGCAAACCACACAAGUGGACGCCCCUGCGUGGGCAAUGCAUCCCUCACAGCUUUCUUCAUCCCGAGGGAGGAGAUAUGGAAUGCCACCAGGGGCUGGGAGAAACCUUAUCACGAUGCCAUGAAUAAUCCAAACAAACAGCAUUCAGGGGUGCCGCUAGAGGUGCCCUCGUACAGAGAGAUGAGAAACAUACCUGUACAGGACUACCACUUGUACUUUGCUUAUGAGUACAGGUUUGUCAACUAUUUCAAAGGUCGAAUAGAUUUUACAUGGACAAAGGAUGAGCUGAUGGAGAUAGCCAAAAGAGGUGGGGAAACCACAUCCCUGGUCAAUGCUGAAAUCGUCUUCUUUGCCAACAUCACGGACUGGUACUCUGGGCUCAACAGGACUGGCUGGGCUGGAACUCUCCUGUUUGACAACGAGGUCAGCCUCAAGUGGGUUGGGGGGAACAUCAGGACAUUCAAGCCCGGCUCCACACUGAGGGUUCAGGUGGCUGUUUCUCAAUAUGAUGGCAGACCAGUGACCAACGGUGGGUCAGUGACCAUUGUCCCCACUGUGUCCAGUAUGGGCAGCCAGCUGGACAUGUCUGCCAACAGCCCACAGACCAGGACUGUCAUAGAUGGCAUUGCACAGUUUGAUCUAUUUUUAGGUUUCCACGUGACGAGGUUUUCAAUCACUGCCUCCUAUCAUGACCCCCGUGAAACACUUUCCUUGAAGACCAUGGUAAACCCCAACUUUGUCAACAGCAAUACAAAAACCAUUCAGAUGCUGGGUACCAAAUAUUACUCACCUACAAAUACUUAUAUAUCUGUGUCUACCUCAACCUUUGACCCUCAGGUUAAUGAGUACAUGGUUUUUCAUGUUACAGUCAGCCAUUUUGUUCCAAAAAUUUUUUAUCAGGUUGUGGCACAGAGUAAUGUUAUCAUAGGUGACGAGCUGGAGAUGACCUCCAGACAGAAAACUUUCUCCAUAUCCCUGUCUAGAGAGAUGGUCCCCACAGCUCGUCUUGUUGUCUACUUCCUGAGGGAGCCGGAGGAAAUCGUGUCAGAUGUGCUCAGCUUUUUUGUUAACGGCACCCGUCAGAAUCAGGUCUCUUUGGGGAUCAACCAAGGAAAAGAUUUCACCAGGAACACCAUAGAGUUCAAUGCUAAAGCUGACCCAGGGUCCUAUGUGGCCUUCAGUGGCAUGUUGCUGGACCUGUACAGUCGGGGCAUGAGUGAUGGCAUUACAGAGAAUAAACUGAUUGAUGAACUUUUGACCUACGAUGAGCUAGCCAACAGCAGCUACAGACACCUGUGGAGGGUGAGUGACACAGAUUACGAGUACAGGUUCUUUCACGGCACCGACUACGGCAUUGAUGCUAACACCACACUGCUGAGUGCUGGGCUACUGGUUUUGACCGAUGCUGAUGUCAUCAGACUACCAAAUCAAAAUUCCUGUAACCAGGCCAUCGGGCAGUAUCCAUGUUUCUCUGGGAUUGAGUCUGAGUGCUUCACCACAGAACAGAGGUGCAAUGGUCAGUUUGAUGGCUGUCCCAACGAUGGAGCUGAUGAAUGGGGCUGUAGCUAUGAGGAAAAAAAUUACCUUUUUAAAUCACCAAUGGAGAGAGUCAGCAGGGUGAUGCGUUACUAUGACAACAGCUCUUGGGCCUGGCAGGAAAUCUUUGUCAAACCAGAUGGUCGAGUUGAUUUCCGUGUAGAGGUACCCAAGUACCCACUGACCUGGGUCAUCAAUGGCAUCUCUAUCAGUCAGGAACUUGGCUUGGGUAUCAUGCAAAGGCCAGUCAGGUAUGAUGCAACAAGGGCCAUGUACAUUCAAGUGGAGCAUCCUAAAUAUAUUGUGUGGGGAGAACAGGUUGGGGUGAGGGUGACAGUCUUCAACAACUGGCAUGAGGAUGAUUACAUGGAGGUUCUGGUGACAAUGCAUGCUGGUGAAGACACAGAAUUCGUCACAGUUGGAGAAAUGGGCUAUGUGACCUCAUACUCUCCCACCACUCAUAAAGGAGAUCACCAAACUAUAGUCUUUCUUGAGCCAGGUGACUCCCAGGAUAUCUACAUGCCCAUAGUUCCAGCCAAGACUUUUAGAAAAGAUAAACUGACCUUCCGCGUCUCUGCCACCUCCUUUAUGGUGAAAGAUGAAUAUGUUGGAGAAAUGUAUGUGAAGCCUAAUGGGGUCCAGAAUUACUUCCACACCCCCUACCUGAUAGAUCUGAUCAGAUACCCCUCCAUUGACAUACCCCAGUUUAAGGUCAAUGUGCCGGAGUAUUUUCGCAAGCCAGAAUACAGACUCAAUCUGUAUGUUCCCCAGUCUCCAAAAGGAAUGAACACCGUUUUUGGUGAUGUGGUCACUCCCGGAUUCUUUGAGGAUUAUCUCAAUGCAGAAAAUAUUCUGUACAGGCCCUAUGGUAGUGGGGAGAUGGUGACCUUCAACUUUGCCUACAAUCUGCUGGCUCUCCUGUUUAUGAGGUCAUCCAACCAGCUGGAGAUGGGGCAGACAAAGAGGGUUUUGAGAGAGAUGAAUAUUGCGUUGCAGAGAAUGCUGGGCUACAUGAACGCGGCUGACGGAUCUUUUAGAAUGUUCAGGGAUGAUGAACACUCUAGCUUGUGGUUGACAGCUUUUGUUGGAAAAAAUCUGGCUAAGGCAGGGGAUGUGGGGGACUGGGAACAGGACCUGUACAUACCCCAGGUGUUUGUCAGUAAAAUUGUCAACUACAUCUGUAGCAGACAGAACACAACCACUGGAGCUUUUGAACCUUCUGAGCAUGAGAUUGCCUAUGACAGGAAGAUGGCGUCAUUGAAAGAUAUGAAGUCCAGUGUCAUGACAACGCACACAAUCCCACUAACAGCUUAUGUGCUUAUAGCUCUCUAUGAGAUGACUGACUUCACAAAGGGCACAGUUCCAUGUCUGGAGACCGCUAAAAGAAAUGCAGCAAACUUCCUGCAGCGGCAGAGGAACCAGCUGGGUCAGGAUGACAUUUUCUUCAUGGCCAUCACAGCUUACGCCCUGUCCCUGAGCUCCACUAGCCACAGCAUUGUCAAUGACCUCUGGCGCCUGAAGCGGAAUGACUCUGACUUCACUUACUUUGCUGACCAACUGGUGUAUGAGAACCCCACUGCUAUACAAAACAAUGUAAGGUACCUCAUGCCCAGGCAAGAACUUCUCAAUGAUGCCUACGCUGUUCAGGCCACGGCCUAUGCCCUGAUGGCCCACAUCAUGGCGGACAGGGACAGCAAGAUAGAGAGGGACAUGAGCAUGGCCUGGAUAAACACCAUGAGAAAUUCUUUUGGAGGAUUUUCAUCCACACAGGAUACUAUUGUUGCCAUGGAAGCACUAUGGAGAUACACCUUACAGGAUUUCAACAGAAAUGAGUUUGAUCUGUCAGUUGUUUUAGAGUCCAUGGGCUCGGCAGGCUGGCAGUCAGUGAUCCAGGUUGCCCAGAAUAGUUUCACUGACCUGCGCAGAAUAUUUUUGCCAAUGGAUGGAGUGUACGGUUUUGUUAUCCCAACAGCUCAAGGUGUUGGUCGUGCCAUGCUACAGUUGACUGUCACUGCUAACGUUGAGUAUGAAGAACUGAUGAAAACACAGCAGCACUACGACAAUAAACCGGAUGAGGAUCUGAUCCAGUUUUUUGAUGUGCAGAUACAGACCAGCUGGUCAGGACGCAACGACUCCAUCAUGCUCUUUACUUCCUGUGUCAGCUGGCUGUACACAGAGAGAAGUUUGACCUCUGGCCUAGCUGUCCUUGAAGUGGACAUCCCCACAGGUUUCAUUGUCAUGAACGACACACUCAGGUCCUACGUCAGGUCUAGGGUGGUGCCCAACCUCAAGCGAGCUGAGUUUUACGGUCGGAAGGUUGUCUUCUACUUUGAUUAUCUGGAUCAAAGUAAAACCUGUGUUGACUUUAGAGGUGACCGGUGGUAUCCCAUUGCAAACACUACCAGAGAACAUAGGAUUAGAGUUUAUGAUUAUUAUGAGCCAGGUAUGCACAGGACCAGGUUAUACACAGUGCAGAACCUUUUCCUGAUGAACAUCUGUUUUGUAUGUGGGUCCUACCAGUGUCCUUACUGUCCAUACUUCAACGCAGCAUACGUGGCCAGGGCCAGUCUAGGCUUAUGUUUGUUGGUGAUUGUCUUGUCAUUGUUACAUAGAGCAUUUCACAUUACGUGAUUUUUUCCCCCCUCACAUUUUAUGAUUUAAUGUUGUCUACAGUUUCAUACAGUAUUUCAUUAAAAUUUUUAUUUCCACAUUUUAUUGUUUAUAGUAACAUAGAGCA